AUGCACCUUAAUCAUGCAAUAGCAAAUAACAGACACAAAGUCCUUCUUAGCUCAUCUGAAUCAUCAUAUUUCACAGAUAUUGAUGCAACCUCCUCCUUCUCAUCAUCAUGUCUGUAUGAUAAGAGUAUACAAAUAGAAUAUCCAUGGAAGGAUAUUGUUCGACCUAUUCAUACAUUUGUUGGUUCGUGUAAUGGUUUGUUGUGCUUUUAUAUUAGAAAUGAGUAUGUGCGUUAUUUUUUACGUUAUGAUGGAAUUUACUUAUGGAACCCAUCAACUCGAGAAUAUAAGGUAAUAUGUAAGCCACCUGCUGCUCCAGUGGAACCCAUGAAGGUAGCUUAUGGGUUUGGUUAUGGUAGGAAGAUUGAUGAUUAUAAGUUGAUACAAUUUCGGUCAGAUCCUGACAACUAUACAGUCUAUACUGGUUCAGAAGUUCAUAUUUACACAUUAGGCUCAAAUUCAUGGAGGAGGUUUGGAGACGUUCCUUAUAAAAUACAUGAUAUCAGUGUUCCUAUGACGCAUUUAAAUGGAGUUAUUCAUUGGGUAGGAAGAGAGGUUAUAGUUUCUUUCGAUAUAGUUGAAGAGCGAAUCAAAGAGAUCCAAAUUCCUAGUUCCAUUCUAGGUGAAAGUUACCGUAAUUAUAUAGCUAGUUUGAUGACAAAUCGUGUUGCUGAUGCAAAGUUAGGUGUGUUGGGAGAAGAACUUUGCCUAUCACUUGAGGCUUCUCCAGAAAAUUUUUAUUUAUGGGUGGUGAAAGAUAGCGGAUCAGUUGAAGAUUCUUGGACUAAACUUCUCAGCAUUUCCAAAGAGAAUCCAAACUGGUGUAGCUUGAGGCCGCUGUUUCGAUCUUUCAGUAAUACCAAUGAAAUCUUAUUUGAGGUUACCAGGAGCAGUAGGCAUUUCACUUUCCCAAUAUAUCACUUUGGUUAUGAGGAGAGUUAUGAGAAGAUUACUUUAAUCUCAUAUGACUCUAAAAAAGAACGAUUUAAUUUUAUGCCAGAUGUCCCUAAGAAGUUGCAUUCGGUGAUUACUUAUGUUGAAAUCCUAGUACUAUAA